AUGAUCUAUCGUAAGUUUACACAUAAACGUUGUGAAAGUAAGGUUACGGGGGGCGAUUUAUUGGAAUCUGUUAAUCCACGUUAUAUAUCGGGUAUUGGUGAUGAACCAAAGCAAGUUCUACAACCAAUAACUGGCUAUGUUCAUGAACCACUUCUAUCAUUAGAAGAAACAUGUGAACCUCUUGUUAAUGUUGUUCCACGUUUACCAGCUCAUAUAUGGGUAGCUAAACAAAAUUCCAAAGCUCUAGAAGAUGAUCUUACACAAGAUGAAUCAGCUGCUAUUCGUCUGUAUACCAUGGAAUGGGAUCAUAUUCCUGAGCAACCACUUGCAAGCGUCUAUAUGCAUCUUAAUCGAACACUAAAAUAA